AUGUCCCAAUUCUCCGAGUACAAAGAUGUCAUCCAAGAUGGAGACUUGGCACUGAUAUGGAUUUCUAGGGAUAAUAUCAAACCUGUCAAAAUCGCUGCUGGGGAGACAUUUAACACCAGGUACGGCUCAUUUCCGCAUAAUGAUAUGAUCGGCAAGCCAUUUGGCUCGCAGAUCGCUGUGAGAACCCGUGGGUCCAACAAGUUUGGGUUCAUACACGUUCUACAACCCACGCCAGAGCUUUGGACCCUCUCGCUCCCGCACAGAACGCAAAUUGUGUACACUCCAGAUUCGUCUUACAUCAUGCAGCGAUUGCAAUGUAGCCCGCAUACGAGAGUGAUCGAAGCCGGAACUGGAUCUGGCUCAUUCUCGCAUGCGUUUGCAAGAACAGCCGGAUACCUGUUCUCUUACGAAUUCCACGAGGUGCGCUACGAGCAAGCCAGAAAAGAGUUUGAGGAUCAUGGCCUCCUACGGGACGGGAACGUGACAAUAACGCACAGAGACGUGUGCCAGGACGGAUUCACCAUUAAAAAAGGCAAUAAGACCACAUUUUUCGAUGCCGAGCAACCAUUGGACCAACAGGACGUCGCCCGUGUCGACGCAAACGUCAUAUUCUUAGAUUUGCCAGCUCCCUGGGAUGCAAUUCCACACUUGAACCACGUUAUUUCACAGGACUCCAAGGUUUCUCUGUGUUGCUUUUCGCCGUGCAUUGAACAGGUCGACAAAACUCUUGAGGCCCUGGACAAACACGGCUGGACUGAGGUUGAAAUGGUUGAGAUCCAAGGUAAACAGUACGAAUCUAGGAGGCAGAUGGUUAGAAACCUGGAUGAUGCGCUGAAAAGAUUGCGGGACGUCAAAGAACGCAAGCAAGUAGGCGUGGAGAGACGCAAACGCAUGUUUAACAAACUGAUAAGCGACCAAGAGGAACCCUACGAGGAAAGGCCCGAAACUCCCAAGACCCAGUAUAAUCCUUUCGGAAAAGGAUCUCGGGUGAAAGAGGGUGAUGCGAACUUCCACUGGAAAGAGGUUGCCAAGGUCGAGUCAGAAAUCAAAUCGCAUACCUCAUACCUAACAUUUGCAUCCAAAAUCGUCAAUAAAAUCAGAGACGAAGAUCGCGCAGCCAAGGCUCUUGUAGACGCGGUUGAAAACGCAAAAGGCUCACCUCUACCGAACAAGAAGGGGGUUCCCACUUAA